UAUGUUGUAGCCUAAAUGUGUUCCUUGCCUCUUUUUGUACGACUACGUGCAGCUUCUGUCAGUAUUAGCACGCCGCUCCUCCAUUGUGUCAGAAUGAGCCCUGUCAGCAUCUGGGCCUCACUCUCUCCUCUGCACGCAGUGAUGUGAUCCCACCAGAAAAUGGUGAUCUCGGUGCUGCGUGAGGUGCACAGCUGAUGGUGAAGAUCCCUUACAUAACUCGUGAAGAACAGCCGUGCACUGACUUUUCCUCAAACAGUGCAACUCACCGACUUUUCUUUUUGUUAAUAAGGUGCUGAACGUUGAUUCUGUGCCACUAGAGAAGUGUUCCUGGUUAAUGACAGCAGUUCAGAGGGAAGCAAUGAGACUGAAACUCCUGCACCUUCAGACUACAUCUUUUCACUCUUUGACUACAAUACAUCGAUGCCAAAGAUUUAAUAAAACUGGACAUCAUCUUCUAAAGCUGGAUAAUGAUGUGGACAGAACGGAUCACGGAACAGCUAAGAUUGGAAACUUGUAUGCUCCAAAGACUGCUUCCCCUUGUUUGACAAGGCCCUCUAUGCAAGUCAAGAAUUGGCAAAUGAUCCAAGGAAAUGUAUCUGCUUUGGGAAAAAGUGUUUAUUAUCAGGGUGGGGAGAUGUUUUUCCCACCCUGGAAACGUUUUGGCUUGGCAGCAAUGGAAAACUACACGCUCAAUGUGGAGUAUAUUAAAAAGCUCGGGAACAUAUCAUCAAGAUUUUACACAAUUGUAUCAACUAGUAAAAUUAUUCCAAAACCAAGUACCCAGCCAGUUAAGAGGCCACCAAAGGCACCAAGGACCAAGCAGCCCUCCAGAGCUAACCAGCCACUACUGUCAGACGACAUGAAGAAUCUGAUGCAGUGCACAGCCUUUGCAACAGCAGAUGAAUAUCAUCUUGGUAAUCUGUGUCAUGACCUGACUUCCCAUGGAUAUGUUGAAAUAACAAGUUUGCCCAGAGAUGCUGCGAAUGUUUUGGUGAUGGGUGCUGAGAAAUCUGCAAAAGAAGAUGAUCCUGGCAUGAUUUUUUUCUUCAGGGAAGGGGCUGUUGUGUUUUGGAAUGUGGAUGAGAAAAGUAUGAAGAAUAUAAUGCGAGUGCUGGAACAGCAUGAAAUUCAGCCAUAUGAAGUAGCAUUAGUCCACUGGGAAAACGAAGAGAUGAACUAUAGAAUAGGAGAAGGGCAAUCAAAGCUUCAUAAAGGAGAAAUCCUGUUAAAUUCUGAGCUAGAUACUGAUGAAGUAAUUCUGCAGAAAUUUGCCUUUUCAAAUGCCCUGUGUCUUUCUGUAAAACUGGCUAUUUGGGAAUCGUUAUUGGAUAACUUUGUGGAAUCUAUCCAAUCAAUUCCUGAGAUCCUAAAAUCAAGAAGGAAGAUAAAACUAUCUCAUGCAGAUGUCAUGCAGAAAAUUGGAGAACUUUUUGCAUUAAGACAUCGCAUAAAUCUGAGUUCAGACCUGCUAAUAACACCUGACUUCUACUGGGAUAGAGAAAAACUGGAAGAGCUUUAUGACAAAACAUGCCAAUUUCUCAAUAUUAAUCGCAGAGUUAAGGUAAUGAAUGAAAAGCUUCAGCACUGCAUGGAGUUGACAGACCUAAUGCGAAAUCACCUGAAUGAAAAGCAUGCUCUGCGCCUCGAGUGGAUGAUAGUAAUACUCAUCACCAUAGAGGUUAUGUUUGAACUCGCAAGGGUAGUGUUCUGACAUCAGAAUAGACUCUGGAAGGAAACUGACAAAAUGGUAAUGACCAUAUGGCCAAGAAAAUUCCUGUCUUACAUACUUCUGGAAAAUAGUGGAAUUGUCUCUCUUGAUAAAUAUGUACAUACUUUACUCAAAUAAAGAAAUUAUGAACAUUA